CCCUGGCUGGGACGCGGGGUGGGAGCAGGCCCAGCAUGGGGGCUCAGGGUCAGGAAGCGGGACGCCGGAGCCCAGGAACACGGACACCUGUGUCCUUGGGGCCAGGGAGGAAUCCUACAGUGGCAGGGUGCUUGGGCUGUCUCUUUCUCUCUUUGUCCAGAGCCUUAUGUUAAGAGCUUUUCUCGGGAAACAGGAAGUCCUGCCUGCCAAGUUCAGCACAGGGAGUAGUGCAGGCCUUAUUCCAACACACCCGGCCUGGCCUUAACCCCAGAACUCAGCCAGUUUCUUGCUUCCGCGACCCUGGUUCUCCUCCCCACUGACGCCCUCCCCUUCUUUCCCACCUUUGGUCUCUCUCAGCAAACUGCCCCAGAGAUCUCGCCUGUGCCUGGGCCAGAGGGUCUUCCACUCUCACCCCUUGACCCUCAAUGCUGCCCAGCUCGUCCCUCCAUCCCGGCUCCUGGCACCAUGCCCCAUAGCCAGCCAACCUUCCCUCCCCCACUUCUGGGGCCGCCCUGGGGUUCCUGCGCUCUGGCCGCUCCUCCCGGGUGUCGCUGGCAGCCCUGUCCUUCUUAGAGAGACUGACAACAAAUUCUCCUGAGGCUGGAGGAGGGUGAGGGGUCUCGGGACAACACUGGCCCUGCAGCGGGGUGCCAGGAGCACCAACAGUGCCCCGAGCUUGCUUUCUGCCUCCCUCCUUUUUAUUCUCAAGUUCCUUUUUAUUUCUCCCUUGCGUAACGCCCUUCUUCCCUUCUGCACCACUGCCUGCACCCCGACCCUCCCCGUCACCUCCUUGCUACCCCACUCCUGAGGCUACAGCUGUUGGCAGGGUCCCCAGCUCAUGCCGGCCUUAUCUCCUUCUUUACUAGCCCCCAAAGGGCCCCCGGGAGACAUGGGGGGCCCAGUCCGAGAGCCGGCACUCUCAGUUGCCCUCUGGUUGAGUUGGGGGGCGGCUCUGGGGGCUGUGGCUUGUGCCAUGGUUCUGCUGACCCAACAAACAGAGCUGCAGACCUUAAGGAGAGAGGUGACCCGGCUGCAGAGGACCGGCGGGCCCUCCGAGAAGGGGGAAGGGUAUCUGUGGCUGAGCCUCCGGGAGCAGAGCUCUGAUGGCGUGGAAGCCCGGGAGAAUGGGGAGAGAUCCCGGAGGAGGAGAGCAGUGCUCACCAAAAAACAGAAGAAGGACUCUGAUGUGACAGAGGUGAUGUGGCAACCAGCUCUCUGGCGUGGGAGAGGCCUGGAGGCCCAAGGAUAUGUCAUUCGAGUCUGGGAUGCUGGAGUUUAUCUGCUGUACAGCCAGGUCUUGUUUCAUGAUGUGACUUUCACCAUGGGUCAGGUGGUAUCCCGGGAGGGCCAGGGAAGGCAGGAGACUCUAUUCCGAUGUAUACGAAGCAUGCCCUCCAACCCCGACUGGGCCUACAAUAGCUGUUACAGCGCAGGUGUCUUCCAUUUACACCAGGGGGAUACCCUGAGUGUCAUAAUCCCCCGGGCAAGGGCGAAACUUAGCCUCUCUCCACAUGGAACCUUCCUGGGGCUUGUGAAACUGUGAUUGUGUUGUAAAAGGUGGUUCUGAGCUUGGAAGACCAGGGUGGGUUCAUUUUGGAGACAGCCCAGAGCUGACCAGACAAAGGACAGGGAACAGUCAGGAACAGAGGCCUCUUCUGGGUUUGACUGGAAUCCCAGGUUUGACAGCUCGUGACUCUCCCUUCCUCUCUUCUCCCCCCCACCCCACCCCCAGGACUUCGAAUUCAUGGAUAUUAAAGAGGUAGUAGAAUAUCUUGCUCUUAGUCUCCAUCCAGCCCCAAAUUCUUGAGGGAGUUGGGCGGGGGUGGGAAAUGCCCGGCAUUGUCUAGACUUGCUCUGGGUCCCACUGGAAUGCUUCCAGAACAGCACCACCAUCUAGCGGCAAUCUGAGACAACGAUCCUGCCUGUUGGCAGAUGGCCACGAAUCCUUCCACCACUCAGGAAAACUCCUGGUUCUUUACACCACACCUCUCUAGGUAUCCUCUGCCUCUCCACUCCACAAGAAGCCUCAUCUUCACUCUCCUCUCUCCAUCUAUUGGGGCCCAGUUUCCAUCACUGUUUCCAGAGGUGUAAUUAUUAUGCGCCCGUCUGCAGAAGGUGCCCAACGACGACGGUCCCCUUGCAGCCACAUCAUUACUCUUCGGGUGCCAACUUUUGCCUUUCACGCUCUCCACUGCCCUGGCGCGGCAGGCCACUCUAAGCCUCUCUGGACUGGGAGGGGAGCCGGGGAGCCUCGGAUAAAUCGUACGCCCUAGUCCUGAUCCUGUCUCACUCCUCUGAUCUCUCCUUUCUGCGCAAGCCCUGCCUAAAGUUAAAAAAUAAAAGAGAAUAA